AGAAGUAAAUGAACGACAGAAAAAAGCUCUUCUACGAAAUCAGGCGUUCUUAAAUGAAUUCAACGAGUUUGAGGCUCAGAUGAAAGCUUCGAGUUCAGAGCUGAUUGAGAAGAUGGAAGUAACUUUCUAGAAGACUUACUAAUAUGUUACUACGGGGGUUGCUGAACUGGUUUUGUCUAUUUUGUACAUCAGGAUGUUGGCCUAACUUCAUCCUGUAUUUUAGAGUGCUCUAAGUGCCAAUGUUUGGGAGUUAUCAUUAACAUUAUCUAGGUUAGGUCAGAAAAAGACCUCGAGUUGCAACGUUUUCAUAGAGACUUUGUUAUAAAACCCUUAGUAAAAUAUAAUUUUAUUACUUACAAAAAUCCUAAUGCAUUUCCUUGAAGUUAUUUCAGGGUAUGUUUCUAAUCUUGCUGGUGUGAUUGCCCUAAGUAGCCGCAGUUAAUUUUACUGCUGCUCAUCACACCGUUCUCAUAACAGAGGUGUCACUGACUCUCCUGUUAAAACAAAUUACCCUGUUGGAACUGUUUAGGCUGAAGCAGAUCUACAACAAGUCGCUAUUGGUUCUAUUUACUAAACAGUUAAGUGGCCAUACUUGAGCAGUGGUAAGAAAAAGAGCUUCUACCAGCAAACCGUUGCAUCCCUCAGGUCUUUUAAUAGUUUUGUAUGUAAACAGAUGUGGUUCAUUUGCUUUCAGAGCUGAAAAAUGCUGAACUUUUUUCUGGGUUGGUGAAGUAAAAUUCAAGGAGCGUUUCAUCACCUUUUAUAAUUGAAGUAUUGAUAUUUUGUGUCACUUUACCAAGGAAUAAUAUGGGAUGUUGCAAGGUACGGUGUGGAAGAGAAAUUAAAAGUGGGCUGUUGUUUCAAGAGGGUGGCUUGGCACGAGGUGGCAAGGAAGAAGGCUGCAGUGAGCAGAUGCCACAGGCUGCAAGGCAGGCUGGAAUUCAUGCCGAAACAGCUGUGUCCAGAAGCUUGCAUCACCCACUGCCAUUCUUCGUGGGCCACUGCAUGUCUGCCUGCAGCGUGCAGCAGGAACCCCCUCAGUCUGCUGCCCUCCCCAGCACACUGACAGCCUUGCAGGAUGAUAAGACAGAUGGGCAUCUCAUGCAAGCUGGUGGUGACGUGCAGCAUGCCAAUAAGCCUGAUGAGCAAGGUGGCAAGUCCUGUAUCCCCACGGGGGAGAAGAUGCCCAUCCGAGACAGCAGCUUGCACAGCAGUCUUCUGAAUUUUACAGAACAGAAAAAUUCCACUGCACUCUGCUCAACGUUACCUGAUGGAGGAAGUGUGCAGAGCAGGACUGCUGACUUAGCGAGUGACACAUCAGUGGAUGAGGUGGUGACCCACGAGCACCUGGUAGCAAGUGCCAAAGAAGUCUGUGAGCAGCCCGUCCUCUUGGCAUCUGCCUCUGAGCCCAGCAUCUCUGGACCCCGAUGUAACCUGAACACCCAGCAGGCAGCCAGCCAGGCCAGCAGCAGCAGCAGCAGCACCCACCCAGCAGAGAACUCCUCUUUGCAGCCACCCAGCUGCUGUGCAGCAGAGGAUGAGCCCUUGGGCAGCUCGGUGCCUGACGGCUCCUGCAGCCAGGAUGGCAGUCUGAAAGAAGACGUGGAGGCCAGUGAGGCAGCUGUCCUCUGUCAGCUCCCCAGAGGCAAGCCAGGCGGGGGGUGGGAUGUGGCCACACUGCAGGCCUCGCUGAAGAGCCACGCUGCCUUCCUGGAGGAGAAUGAGCACCUGUGUACUGAGGAGCUGGCUGCUGUGUCACACAGCGCGCUGGAUUCGGGCGAGGAGACACCAGGAAGCCAGGCUCCACCGCUGCUGAGAGAGGUCCUUACAGAACAGUGUGGAGAUGGGUCAUCUGUUCAGAGUAAUGAAUCAUCUUACAGCUUGCCAUCGAUCCCAAAUGACGGCAGGGAAAUGGAGCAGGCAAAACAUGUUCCGUGGCUCGACAGCAUGGGAAAGCAAGGUUGUGGUGUUGGAAAUAAUGGUUCCGAAGCAAAAGAAAGGCAAGAAAUGUGCUCCGAAAGCAGUUCAUCCAGUGAAAGAAGCGGUGACCUCUCAAGGCCUGAAUUCAGGAAGGGAGCAAUAACUGCUAUAAAAUCCAAAGGAGAUCCAACUGAAGGUGUGUCCUCAGAUGUCCACUUACCCCAUGGUGGUUUGUACAGCUUUCUCCAGAAGGCAGCUGGGACCCACUGGCUACUUCCCCAUUUCUUUCUGUUAUUGGGGAUUGGAGCUGAUUUUCUGCAGGUCCCUGCUCACAGCAAGCACCUCCUGCCCUGUGCCAAAUACAAGGCAAGGGAUGCACCUGUGUAAUGGGUAAUCCUGCAUGACAGAGAUGCAUGGGUUGUCACAAACGAGGUGUCAACAGUGAGCAAGAAAUAACACCUCUUGGGUCAAAAACUUGCCAGCCUGACAGAAUUACUCUGAGAGUGGUGCCAGCUACUGUAAGAGUGAAAUGUGGCCUUGGGUGAUGGUGCUGUCCUUGGGGCAGCAAUGUCAUCAUGCUGUGUGUGCUUAUUUCUCUCUGUGAUUCAGACCAAGUUCUAGAAGAGGCACUGACCAAAAGGGAGUCAAGUCCGUUUCUGUACCUGGUUGUAUAUGAUCCAAAUGUAUCUUUUUGUGCUGCAGGAGAAGUGUGGUUGGGCUGCAGUGCUUAAUGGCCACAUCACCAAAGUCUCUGUUUUUCUGGAAGCUGUGCAGGCCACAAGUAUGCUUAGUAGCAGUACUACUACAGCCCAGCUUGGCAGCUGCUUUUGUUGCAGUAGGAGUGCAAAAAACACCAUCUUCUCAUAUGUCUUCUAAUAUUUUGGCUACAGAGCUGACUGGUUUGGAAAAAAGAAAGCAAGCAUUCUGGGUAUGCAUAGAUAUGCUACUCGGGGCUGCCUGGCAUGUUUGAUCUUUAUCAUCAUCUGCAACAGAUCAAGAAGAAGAAAUGCAUAAAAAGUACAUUUCUAAUUCAGCAUAUUUUGGAACAGAACAGAAUUUACAUGUGGUGAUCCUCAGUGAUUUUCUGCUUUUAGUUGCUUUGUAAAAUCUACGCUGGUGUUGCUGUAUGGACAUCACAAUAAUUGGAUGACUCUAGGAGCUUCAUGCAUUUUUAAUUUUCUUCUUUUAAUUCCUUUUAUCUAAAAUUAAGUUCAUUAAACAUGAGAUUUUCUUUCGAAGGGAGAAACCAGGGGACACAUUAAAAAAAAUCUGUUCAUAAUUAUGAUAAGUUCAAAAGCAAAAAACAGCACCCCAAUUAAACCCUGCUGCAAAGCAGUACUGCAUCUUUGAAUACAGCCACAAAUCUUUGGGUCUAGUCCAUCAAAAACGAUUUUUAAAUGGUAACAAUAUUCUAUUUAAUAAAAAGAACGAGUAGCCGGAAAUGAGCUUUGAAGAAGGCUUGAAAAUGAGAAGAAAUGGUUAGUAUAGAUAUCUGUUGGCUUGUUUCAUC